GGAGGAGGAGGGCUGCCUUACUUGAGGAAGUACAGAAUGAAGUUGUGGAGCUGAAACUCGGCUCGAUAGUGACCGGAGCUACGAGGAGCACCCCGAGGCCGCUGCCCGCCGCUCCCAGGGUGUCGACCAGACCCCCAGCGCUUGCCCUCCGCCCCCUCCCACCCGGCGCCCGCGCAGCCUGGUCCAGCCGGAGCCAUGGGGCCGGAGCCGCUGUGAGCACCAUGGAGCUGGCGGCCUGGUGCCGCUGGGGGCUCCUCUUCGCCCUCCUGCCCCCCAGAGUCGUGGGCACCCAAGUGUGUACUGGAACUGACAUGAAGCUGCAGCUCCCCACCAGCCCCGAGACCCACCUGGACAUGCUUCGUCACCUCUACCAAGACUGUCAGGUGGUGCAGGGUAACCUGGAGCUCACCUACCUGCCUGCCAAUGCCAGCCUCUCCUUCCUACAGGACAUCCAGGAGGUACAAGGCUACGUGCUCAUCGCCCACAACCAAGUGAGGCAGGUCCCACUGCAUAGGCUGCGCAUUGUGCGAGGCACCCAGCUCUUCCAGGAUCAAUUUGCCUUGGCUGUGUUGGACAAUGGAGACCCACUGGAUCGUAUCACUCCCGCCACUGGGACGAAUCCGGGAGGAUUGCAGGAGCUGCAGCUGCGAAGCCUCACAGAGAUCCUGAAGGGAGGUGUCCUGAUCAUGCGCAACCCUCAGCUUUGCUACCAGGAGACGAUUUUGUGGAAAGACAUCUUCCAUAAGAACAACCAGCUGCCCCUGGAGCUGGUAGAUUCCAACCACUCACGGACCUGCAGACCCUGCUCUUCAGCUUGUAAAGCCUCCCACUGCUGGGGAGAAAGUUCCAAGGACUGUCAGAGCUUGACCCGUACCGUCUGUGCCAGUGGCUGCGCCCGAUGCAAGGGUCCCCUGCCCACCGACUGCUGCCACGAGCAGUGUGCUGCUGGCUGCACAGGCCCCAAGCACUCCGACUGCCUGGCCUGUCUCCACUUCAACCACAGCGGCAUCUGUGAGCUGCACUGCCCGCCCCUGGUCAUCUACAACACGGACACCUUUGAAUCUGUGAUCAACCCUGAGGGCCGUUACACAUUUGGUGCUAGCUGUGUGGUCACCUGUCCCUACAACUACCUGUCUACGGAUGUGGGCUCCUGUACCCUGGUCUGUCCCCUGAACAACCAAGAGGUGACCGCUGACGAUGGGACCCAGAAGUGUGAGAAAUGCAGCAAGCCCUGUGCCCGAGAGUGCUAUGGAUUGGGCAGGGAGCACUUGCGGGAGGUGAGAGCAGUCACCAGUGCCAACAUCAAGGAGUUCACGGGCUGCAAGAAGAUCUUUGGGAGCUUGGCAUUUCUGCCCGAGAGCUUUGAGUGGGACCCGACUUCCAGCAUUCCCCCCUUGCAACCUGAGCAGCUCAGAGUGUUUGAGACUCUGGAGGAGAUCACAGGUUACCUGUACAUCUCAGCAUGGCCGGACAAUCUGCCUGACCUCAGUGUCUUCCAGAACCUUCAAGUCAUCCGGGGGCGAGUUUUGCAUGACGGUGCCUACUCGCUGACCCUGCAAGGGCUGGACAUCAGCUGGCUGGGGCUGCGCUCACUGCGGGAGCUGAGCAGUGGCUUGGCCCUCAUCCACCACAACUCUCAACUCUGCUUCGUGCACACGGUGCCCUGGGAGCAACUCUUCCGGAACCCUCACCAGGCCCUGCUGCACACUGCUAACCGGCCAGAGGAUGAGUGCGUGGGCGAGGGCCUGACCUGCUACCCUCUGUGCGCCCACGGUCACUGCUGGGGUCCUGGGCCCACCCAGUGUGUCAACUGCAGCCAGUACCUGCGGGGCCAGGAGUGCGUGGAGGAAUGCCGAGUUCUGCAGGGGCUCCCCCGGGAGUAUGUGAAGGACAGACACUGUCUGCCAUGCCACCCCGAGUGUCAGCCCCAGAAUGAUUCAGAAACCUGCUUCGGAUUGGAGGCUGACCAGUGUGUGGCCUGUGCCCACUAUAAAGAUACUCCCUUCUGUGUGGCUCGUUGCCCCAGCGGUGUGAAAGCUGACCUCUCUUUCAUGCCCAUCUGGAAGUUCCCAGAUGAGGAGGGCACGUGCCAGACAUGCCCCAACAACUGUACCCACUCCUGUGUGGAUCUGGACGAGAAAGGCUGCCCUGCUGAGCAGAGAGCCAGCCACAUCACGUCCAUUAUCACCACUGUGGUUGGCGUCCUGCUGUUUAUGGUCGUUGGGCUGUUUCUGGGCAUCCUAAUCAAGCGCCGGAGGCAGAAGAUCCGGAAGUACACGAUGCGGAGGCUGCUGCAGGAAACGGAGCUGGUGGAGCCGCUGACGCCCAGUGGGGCGGUGCCCAACCAGGCUCAGAUGCGGAUCCUGAAGGAGACUGAGCUGAGGAAGGUCAAGGUGCUUGGAUCUGGAGCUUUUGGCACGGUAUACAAGGGCAUCUGGAUCCCGGAUGGGGAGAAUGUGAAAAUCCCAGUGGCCAUCAAAGUGUUGCGAGAAAACACAUCUCCUAAAGCCAACAAAGAAAUCUUGGAUGAGGCAUAUGUGAUGGCUGGUGUGGGCUCCCCAUAUGUGUCCCGCCUCCUGGGCAUCUGCCUGACAUCCACAGUGCAGCUGGUGACCCAACUCAUGCCCUAUGGCUGCCUGCUGGAUCAUGUUCGUGAACACCGCGGACGCCUAGGCUCCCAGGAUCUGCUGAACUGGUGUGUGCAGAUAGCCAAGGGAAUGAGCUACCUGGAGGAGGUGCGGCUUGUGCACAGAGACCUGGCUGCCCGGAACGUACUGGUGAAGAGCCCCAACCAUGUUAAGAUUACCGACUUUGGGCUGGCGAGGCUGCUGGACAUUGAUGAGACCGAGUACCAUGCAGAUGGCGGCAAGGUGCCCAUCAAGUGGAUGGCCUUAGAGUCCAUUCUCCGCAGACGGUUCACCCACCAGAGUGAUGUGUGGAGCUAUGGUGUGACUGUGUGGGAACUGAUGACUUUCGGAGCCAAACCUUAUGAUGGAAUCCCAGCCCGGGAGAUCCCUGACCUGCUGGAGAAGGGGGAACGGCUACCCCAGCCCCCCAUCUGCACCAUCGAUGUCUACAUGAUCAUGGUCAAAUGUUGGAUGAUCGACUCUGAGUGUCGGCCGCGGUUCCGGGAGUUGGUGUCUGAAUUCUCCCGAAUGGCCAGGGACCCCCAGCGCUUUGUGGUUAUCCAGAAUGAGGAGAUGGGCCCCGCCAGCCCCUUGGACAGCACCUUCUACCGCUCGCUGCUGGAGGAUGAUGACAUGGGAGACCUAGUGGAUGCUGAGGAAUACCUGGUACCCCAGCAGGGCUUCUUCUGCGCAGAGCCUGCCCUGGGCACUGGGGGCACAGGCCACCGUAGGCACCGUAGCUCAUCCACCAGGAGUGGUGGUGGUGAGCUGACCCUGGGACUGGAGUCCUCUGAGGAAGAACCCCCCAGAUCACCACUGGCUCCCUCAGAAGGGACUGGCUCCGAUGUGUUUGAUGGUGACUUGGUAAUAGGGACAACCAAGGGGCUGCAGAGCCUUUCCCCACAUGACCCCAGUUCAAUGCAGCGGUACAGCGAGGACCCCACAGUAACUCUCCCAUCUGAGACUGAUGGCUACGUUGCCCCCCUGAACUGCAGCCCGCAGCCCGAGUACGUGAACCAGUCCGAGGUUCGGCCACAGCCACCCUCACCCCUAGAGGUCCCUCUACCAUCUUCCCACCCUGCUGGUGCUCCUCUGGAAAGACCCAAGACUCUCUCUCCCAAGACUCUCUCCCCUGGGAAGAAUGGAGUUGUCAAAGACAUUUUUGCCUUUGGGGGUGCUGUGGAGAACCCCGAGUACUUGUCACCCCGGAGCGGGACUGCCCCUCAUACUUCCUCUGCCUUCAGUCCAGCCUUUGACAAUCUCUAUUACUGGGACCAGGACCCUUCUGAGCGGGGUUCUCCACCCAGCACCUUUGAAGGAACCCCUACAGCAGAGAACCCUGAGUACUUGGGUCUGGAUGUGCCAGUGUGA